AUGGAGAACAAAGAGGCAGGGCUCCCUCUGCCCACCCCACCCAGGGAGGGGCGGCUCCAGCCUGCGCUGGUGCUGGCGACACUGAGCGCGGCCUUCGGCUCGGCCUUCCAGUAUGGCUACAACAUCGCCGUGGUCAACACGCCACACAAGGUCUUGAAGUCAUUUUAUAAUGAAACCUACUUUGAGCGACACAGAACAUUCAUGGAUGAGAAGGCCCUGCUGCUCCUGUGGUCUUGCACCGUAUCCAUGUUCCCUCUGGGAGGCUUGCUGGGGUCGUUGAUUGUUGGCCUGCUGGUGGAUAAGUGUGGCAGGAAGGGAACUCUUCUGAUCAACAACAUCUUUGCCAUUGUUCCUGCCAUCCUGAUGGGAGUCAGCAAAGUGGCCAGGGCAUUCGAACUGAUCAUCUUUUCUCGAGUGGUGCUGGGAAUCUGUGCAGGCAUCUCCUACAGUGCCCUUCCCAUGUACCUGGGAGAACUGGCCCCCAAGCACCUGAGGGGCACGCUAGGAACAAUGACCGAGGUUUUCGUCAUCUUUGGGGUCUUCUUGGCGCAGAUCUUCAGCCUCCAGGCCAUCCUGGGCAACCCUACAGGUUGGCCUGUGCUCUUGGCACUCACAGGGGUCCCUGCGCUGCUUCAGCUCCUGUCCUUGCCUUUCUUCCCUGAGAGCCCCCGCUACACUCUGAUUCAGAAAGGAGAUGAAGUGACAGCCCGGCAAGCUCUGAGGAGGCUUCGAGGCCAUGCCUGGGACGUGGAGGCAGAGCUGGAGGACAUGCGGGUGGAGGGCCAGGCCGAGCAGGCCGAGGGCCGCCUGUCAGUGCUCAACCUCCUCACCUUCCGGGCCCUGCGCUGGCAGCUCAUCUCCAUCGUCGUGCUCAUGGCCGGCCAGCAGCUCUCCGGUAUCAACGCGAUCAACUACUACGCAGACACCAUCUACGCAUCUGCUGGGGUAGAGGCCACCCAGUCACAGUAUGUGACAGUGGGUGCUGGCGUGGUCAAUAUAGUGAUGACCGUCAUCUCGGCUGGCACCGUGGAGCGGCUCGGCAGGCGGCAGCUCCUGCUACUCGGAUACGGCAUCUGCGGUUCGGCCUGCGUGGUGCUCACAGUGGCACUCCUCUUCCAGAGCAAGGUGCCUGAGCUGUCUUACCUUGGCAUCAUCUGUGUCUUCACCUACAUCGCCGGACAUUCCAUUGGGCCCAGUCCUGUCCCCUCAGUGGUGAGGACCGAGAUCUUCCUGCAGUCCUCCAGGCCAGCAGCAUUCAUGGUGGACGGGGCAGUGCACUGGUUCACCAACUUCAUUGUGGGCUUCGUGUUCCCAUCCAUCCAGGAGGUCAUUGGUGCCUACAGUUUCAUCAUCUUUGCUGGAAUCUGCCUCCUCACUGCUGUUUACAUCUACAUGGUCAUUCCUGAGACCAAGGGCCAAACAUUUGUGGAAAUAAACCGUGUUUUUGCCAAAAGAAACAAGGUGGAGAUUCCAGAGAAAAAAGAAGAAAUCCCAGACGUUGGGCCCUGCGUGCCCUCCACACCUGCCAGGGAGACUUCCUUUUAA